CAGAAACAUUCAAUCCACUGCAUGUGAAAUAUGAGUGCCCGAGUAAGAUCAAGAUCUAGAGGAAGGGGAGAUGGUCAAGAAUCUUCUGAUACGGCUGAACGUGUGAAACUAGGUGGCAAAAAAUCUCCACAAAAGGAACCACCAACUGAGAAUGUGGAUAUUGAACCUGGACAAGAGAAAGAAGGAGGAACAUCUGUGAUUCAAGGUGCAAGCCAGGAAAUGGGUCUGGAAAAGACUGUGGGUGAGCGCAGAGAUGGCACUGAUGUGAAAGGGGAGAUUCCACCUAAUCUACUGCCUGCUAAAAUUCCAGAAGCAGUCUUCGUGGGCCCCUUGGUGCUGCUGCCCACAGCCAGCAGGUCUCAGCACAGCAGCGCCCCUCAGACGCAUGGCCGCUCACUGCCCCCGCGGGUAGCCCCACAGGUGGAAGCUGCUUCCCUGCCCCUCCCACCUGCUGCCUGA